GCUACGUGAAAAAUGUCGACAGCCAUUGUGAUUGAACAGGCGUGCUGUAGGCUGUGCUAAUAGGCCUAAUACACACGGAUUCAGAUAUACCUUUUCGUGGUAGUGAAAUGGUAUAUAGUUGUGAGUAAAGAAAAAAGAUCCAAAACAAAACAAUGCCAGCUAUAAAUUAAUAAACUAUUGUAUUAUACGCUUCCGACAGCUAAUAACGUCAGCAAUGUUUGUGCUCCGAAUGAUGACGUCAUCAUUUGGGAACUAAAUGGCGGAAAAGGACUGGAAUGUUGACAGCAUAAUUGAACGAUUGCUUGAUGUGCAUGGAUGUCGGCAGGAUAAGUUAGUUAAUUUAUCAGAAGUUGAAAUUAAAGUGCUGUGCCGCAAGUCUCGUGAAAUAUUUGUAGCUCAGCCCAUUCUGUUGGAACUUGAGGCGCCAGUGAACAUCUGCGGUGAUAUCCACGGACAGUUCAGAGAUCUGCUAAGACUGUUUGAUGUUGGAGGCUUCCCUCCUUCAGCCAACUAUGUGUUCCUGGGCGAUUACGUGGAUAGGGGCCACCAGUCGCUGGAAACAAUCUGCCUGCUGCUGGCCUAUAAAGUGAAAUACCCGGAAAACUUCUUUCUGUUGAGGGGAAACCACGAAUGUGCCACCAUGAACCGUACAUAUGGCUUCUAUGAUGAAUGUAAAAGGAGAUAUACUAUUAAGUUGUGGAAGACAUUUGUUGAUUGUUUCAACUGCUUUCCAGUUGUUGCCAUCAUCGACAGCAAGAUUUUCUGUUGCCAUGGUGGGUUGUCUCCAGAACUGGAGUCCUUGGACCAGAUCAGUCGCCUUCCGAGACCAACUGAUAUUCCAGACACAGGUUUGAUGUGUGAUCUGCUAUGGUCUGAUCCUGAUCAGGGUGUCCAGGGCUGGGGUGAAAGUGACAGAGGUGUAUCCUACACAUUCGGUGCAGACGUCGUCAAAGCUUUCCUGAGAAAACAUGACCUUGACCUAAUAUGUAGGGCCCACCAGGUUGUAGAGAAUGGCUAUGAAUUCUUCGCCAACAGACAGUUGGUGACUCUCUUCUCAGCUCCCAACUACUGCGGGGAAUUUGAUAAUGCAGGGGCACUGAUGAUAGUGGACGAAACGCUCCUCAUACAUUUCAAGAUUCUCAGGCCGGUAAUCCAGAAGUUCACGUACGCCUAUAGCAGUGUGAAUUCAGGACGACCACCUACGCCAUUGCUCAUCACCUGACAGCAAAUUGGAAAUAUUGAUAAUUUGAACUACGUUUGUCAGUAUUUUAUUGUAAGCAUUGUCCGAAUGUUUACUGCCCGUUUUAGCAGCUGUUUACAUUGGAUGGUGCAAUGUUCCACAAGUUAAGAGUAUUUCAGGAGUAGUAUCAUGCGUCUGUGUAAUUAAUUAUCCUGACAAGAGGUCCAUUUCAGGACAAGUUUCUGGAGUUGUAAAAUCUUUAGUCUUGGCCAGAUUUCUGUGAUUCUGAAACGUUUAAGACACGGCUUUAAUAAAGUCUGGAUACUUUAAUGUUAUGGCAGCGCCAUACAAACUGAGCCUAACAGUUAACUUUUUUUUAUUUAUUAAAGUGUAGAUUUCAAACGUUUUAUAAGCAUGAACCCAGAUCCUUCAACAGGUUUAAGAGGCUAGAUCAUGUCUAGCUUUUUAAAUAAGUUUUAGGUCAUAUUAACAGGUGAAAAUUACUAAAAGCCAAAAAUAUAUAAUAAUUCUGCAUUCAAGCCUUCCUAUGAGCGAGGGGCCAGGCUAAAUUCCCCUUCAUUGAUUGGCCAUGGUCUCGAUUCUGGCUUAACCUUCGUCUGUACUCUGUCUACGUCAAAGAGCUUAGUCUAAGACUCUCAGGACAUAAGAGCUGAAGCCACUCUUAAAAACAAUUUUAAACAUGGGUUCAAAAAUGUAUCUUUCUGAUUUGUAUCUGGUUGUGAGACACCAUGGUGAUAAAUACACACAGCCUUAAGUCUUCAAUAGGGGUAUAUCAACAAAACACAAAGGGCUGAGAGCAGACCCAGAGACAAAGGAUUCCUUCAUCAGGGCAAAAAAAAGAGUAUAUUUUGUUCUCCUAACAAGGUCCUUGGUUGACCACUGUUCAUUCCUUCGCAACUUGAUCUCAUUUUGAAUCGUACAGAAUGUGAACUAUGGGUAGAAAGACCCUGUGAUAUUAGUAUUUUUAUGCUGUUUUUUAAUUUAUGAAAAUCAGUUUUUAAUGUUUUACUUAAUUUUUUCAUCUUGUUUUUAAGAGCUGUAUAUAUUUUAGAUAUUUUUUAAGAUUACAGAAUGUUUUAGAGAAUGUUUUUGUAUUCAAAUCUGAUGUCCUGUUUUAGGUAGGUCGAAUAUGCAGAUUUAUGUAGAUAGCAUGUAUGUUGUUUUGUUUUCUUGGGGUUUUUUUUCUGAAAAUCAUUUUUUAAUGUUUUAUUUAGUUUCUGCAUUUUGUAUAUAAAGCUGUAUACAUUUUAGAUAUUUUUUUAUUUUUUUUGUAUUCAUAUCUGAUGUCCUGCUUUGGUCAGGUCUAUGAUACUGAUUUGUGUAAAUAGCAUAUUUUUGGUUCGUUGUUUAACAAUAACAUGAAAACAAGAUGGAGACUUUCCACUUGCCUUUGUAUAUGAAACAAUGUGUGUUACAAUGAAGCGUGUCAGACUGAAUAUUUUAUACCAGUGGCUCUUUAAGGAUAUAUGCUGAUUUUACAGCAGUAAGUAUUUCUAUCUAAAACUUAGUUUCUUGCUUGAAAUGUUUUGUUUUCCAUAUCUAGUCACGUAAGUCUCAUUUCCCAUUGUAUACUCACUUACAAAUUCGUCCCACCAUCCAUAAAUCAAUUUUCAAAUCUUGAAGAUAAGUAUGUUCAUGAUCCGUCGAAAUGUUCUCAAUGGUCAGAUAAUCUAGACGUUUCCCCCGAAUGUAUUUCUAAAGGGUGCGAAGAAAACCCCAAUAUCAUCAUCUAAAUUCUAUCACACGGUCAUAUUAAGUUACUGUCUUCUGCAGAAUAUACUUCUAAAGCACAUACAAAAACCCCGGUAUUAUGAUCAAAAUUCUGUUACACGGUCAUAUCAAGACUGACUUCUACAGAAUGUAAUGCUAAAGGGUACAUAAACAAACUCAAUGUCAUAAUCAAAAUGCUGUCAUACGAUCAAGUCAUUGUCUUCCCCCAGAAUGUAAUUUUAAAGGGUACGUACAAAACCCCAGUAUUAUCAUCUACAUCCUGCCACGCUGUUAUAUCAACUCUCUUACCCAGAAUGUAUUUCUAAAGAGUGCGUUUAAAACCCCAGUAUCAUAAAAAUUCUGUCACACGGUCAUAUUAAGACACUGUCUUCCCCCAGAAUGUAUUUCUAAAGGGUGCAUUUAAAACCCCAGUAGCAUCAUCAAAAUCCUGUCACACGAUCAUAUUAAGACUCGUCUGUAGACAUCAGGACAAAUAGGAACACAAUGGAUAUACACAAAUAAAUAUUCUAAGCAAGGAACUGUAAGGUUUUAACCAGGGGCACCACACAAUGUUGUGAGUCUUUAAAUGUUUUAUUACUGUACUAUAUUAGUACUAGUCUUACUAUAGCUGCCUUAAGCUAUCGAUAUAUGUUUAAUUCAGUGUGUCUGCUCUGUAUUAUGUUGUUCUAGUAAUGCAAUAUGCUGUAGUCUCACUAUUCUAGUAUUGCUGUAGAAAUACUGGAAUAAAAUUAGUAUUAGAAUAGAAUACUAUUCAUUGAUACGUUUGAUGUCACAAGGAUAAUAAUAGGGUAAAGUAAGACUAUAGAAGAAUGUCUAUGGAAUGUGA